AUGCCUUUUAAACCUCACCACUCGGAAGAAUAUUCUGAUAGAUCACGAAUUUUUCGUGAAAUUUUGCAAAAUUCUGAUAAUGUAAAGAGUCGAGAACAAAUAUUUAUUCUUGAUCGCAAUAGUUACCCUACUCAAAAGUGUCUCAAGAAUGACUAUGACAAACCCGGCAAAGUAAAUUUAAAAUUAGAUCAAUAUCAAGGACCAGCUUUGUUGUCAUGGAACGAUAGAAUUAUUAAAAAACGAGACUUUUAUUCCAUGUUUAAAUUGCCUGAUAAUGAUCAACAUGAUAAAUACGGAGGUCUUAGAUUUAACUCCAUUUAUCACCUUACCGAUUCUCCUUCGUUCAUCAGUGGAAAUAAAUAUGUGAUUUAUCAUAAGGGCACCUUGAUAUAUAAAUUAUCCAGAGAAAAUCUGGCUGCGAAGUAUCCCGACCAAUUUGCACCAUUCAAAAUUCAUUAUGAUCACGAACUCAAAGGAACUUUAUUUCGAUAUCCACUUCAUACGUCUGAAUACGUAGACGAUUCAAUAAUUUCGAGUAAAUAUUACGGGUCCAAUGAAAUUCUGGAAAUGUUUCAAGAAUUUUAUAAAAAUGAAGCCAAAAGUUGCUUGUUGUUCUUGAAAUACGUUGAGGUCAUUAAAUUUUAUGAGUUAAGAGAAGGAGAAACGAAGCCAAAGUUACUUUACGUUGUAAAUUUCGAAAAUGCCGAUCAAGUCAGGUUAAAACGUCAACUAAUCGCCGAAAAGGUCGAGAUGAUGUCAAAGCAUCAGUUGUUUGCAAAAAAUAUUAUGACAAUGAUGAAAUUGUUGAAUUCCAGAAAUCUCAAUGAAUCCACGUAUACCGCAAUACUCGGGCAACAAAAAGGUCAAGGUCAACGAGAAAUAAAUAGAUGGUUUAUCUUUAAUUGGCUCGGUAACAUAAAAAAAAUGGACGAUUUCAUUCGAGAAAAUUUCGGAAAAAAUAUCGAAGAUUACAAGUUCAUGUCAAAUGUCACUAUUGCUGUACGGCUUAAUGAUUCAAGGAAUUUCCUGUAUAACCCACUUGUAAUUGCAAUUCCUUUUCGGAGCUCGAUGCAUGAAUGCCAUGUGAUCAGUGCAAACAGACAACCUCAUCCCAAGAUCAAUGAAGGUGAAGAGCUGCAGAAAACAUCUUGGAAUGAGUAUCUCUUCAACAGCAUUCUCCCACAAGCAUGGGCAAAAUUAUUGGCUAAACUACCCCACGAAUUCUCGAGUGUUGAUCAGUCCAAGUUUUAUGAUUUUUGGCCAAUCGUUUCAGAUCAAUCGUCAGACAGUGGGGUUUCCGCGGGAUUAUUAAAAAAUGUUAUUGAGAACCUCAACAUCAGCGAUGAGGUUUUCUGUGGGCCACCCGCCUUAUAUUCAUCCGACAGUGUGCGGCGUUUGUCACCAGAAACCAAGGUGAUCUCUACGAAGGUGGAAACAAAAUUCCGAUUGUUGUCAAUGGCCAAUGGAUAUUUUCCAGCCGAUCCUAAUGCACAUGCAGUAUCCGAAAUACUUGAAAAAAUCGGUUUCCCGGUAAUUAAUAUUAAUUCUAUGGUGGAGGAUGCAUUGAAAGAAUCGAAACGCAGCAACGCUAUCCAAUAUUAUUCUCCUAAAGUAGUUCGAAUCUACCUUCAACAAAAUAUUUCCACGUGGAAGGAUUACUUAUCUCGUAAGGAGCUUCUAAGUCUACUUAUUUAUGUACUUCAAGAUAAAAACCCUGAGGGACUGGAUGGACUCCAGAUGAUACCAUUGGCGGAUGGCACAUUUGGAACAUUCUCAAGAGCUGACGAUGAUAUCGUAUACAUUGGCCCUGGUCGUUCCCAGGAAAUAGUUGCUUGUGAUGAACGUAGGAUUUUUACCAGAAAUCUAGAUAAUUUUAUUGACAUGGAUAUUCCUCAUAAACUAUGGAAUCUUUUAUAUGAGGGUGCAAAAGAUGUUCAACUUUUGAACAUUAGGAUGCUGACCCCAUCAGUCGUAGCAAAUUUAAUCAAGGAGAACCUAAAAGGUUAUGCAUCAAACGCAGAUGAGAUUAAAAUCGCAAACAAACGUGAAUGGAUUUAUCAGAUCUGGAAUAAUUUAAUGGAGAGAGAUUGUGAUUUAAAAGAUUUUGAACAUCUGCACCUCUUACCUACAAAUCGAGGGACACUUCGAAAGAUCAAAACGUCAGAAAAAUGCUUUUGGGAUGGAGGUGAUUAUAAACUUGGUAACGAGAUACAACCACUCGUAAAAAAGUUGGGCGUUGUAUUUGUCGAUCGGGAUUUCGAGAAACUUUCGGUACAUACCUGGUCAAAACUUUCGCCAUAUGUUAUCAAACUUUUUGAGGUGUCGUCAGUUUUACGAUGCCUACGAAACUCCUCAUCCUAUCCUCAAAAUUUAAAGAUUCAACUACAAGACCGAGAUGCCGUGACAUUGUUAAAAUAUUUGAGUAAGCCCUUUAUUAGCAAGACUCUUGAUGCUGACCUUGAGGUCAUUAUGCUCGAUGUGAUAAGAAAUAUUCCAAUAUUUUCUGCGAGUGAUCAUGAAAAAUCGAUUUCUUCCAAGCACACACAAAAAGAAAAGGAUCUCGGACAGGCAAUGGUGCAAAAUCCUGAUUUUCUUAGUGACCAUCCAACAAAGUUUGAAUUUUUCUUGGAAAAUAUUGUCAGGGCUUUAAGAUCAAAACGAACCGAUCACUGGCAUGAAUAUGUAGCACCAUACUUUAGCUCGCAACCCCGGCUGGUUCUUGACAGAGUGAUGAAUGGACUUUUUAAUUAUUUGAAAUUGUUUCUUCAAAUUGAUUCCCGGUUGAAGCCUAUUUUAAGUCAAUUGGCUUUAGUUACCGCUGGUACGAAUAAGAAGGCAGACAUCUACCAAGGUUCUAACAAGUAUAGUUUGUGCAAGCCCACCGAUCUUUACAGUCCAGAGGAUCAAACAAUUGUAGAUUUGUUUUUUGAGGACGAAAAGGUUUUUCCCACCGGAAAAUUCCUGGAUAACUCUUCGCAAACAUUAAACCUUCUGAAAGAUUUAGGCCUCAAAACCCAACUUUCAGAGGAUGAUAUUCUUUGUCGUUUGAAAGUGAUAAGUGAUUAUAAAGAGGCCGCGAAUACACCCGAAUUAUUCGACGUGGUUCAUACCAAAGCCCUAAAACUUCUUCAGUACAUUGACAAAAGGUGGGGUGACCUAUUUAGCAAGGUUGACCAUGGGCCAAAAACUAGGCAGCUUUUGUCAGACAUUUUAACCAAUGAAUGGAUUCCGACUGUUGACUAUUUGGGAGUGAAACAUUUCUCAAGAUCACAACUCUGUAGAGAUGUGAGAGAAAAAAGUAUUAUCGGUUACGCUGUACCUAUUCUCGAGUAUGAAAUCAAGAAGGAAGGUUUUCUUAGUCAUUUAUCUUGGGACAAAUAUCCAAAUAUCAAAUUGAUUCUUCAACAACUUGAGGUAUGCUCGAACACCGGCAAUAUUGACACCCAUAACACCUGCAAAAUGAUUUAUGGUUACUUGGAUAAGGUCGUGUCCGAAUCUGUUCAAAAUGUUGUAGUAGACAUAAUGAAAAAAAGAUUAAAAGGCAUGAAAUGGAUCUUGAUUGAUGGAAAGUUUUAUUCAUCGAACAAUGUCAUUUUAGAAAUUCCCGAGAGCCUUAAAGAUUUAAAUAAUCGGAUUAUGGUAGAACUCCCUUAUGAAUACCAGAUCAAUUACAAAACGUUAUUUCAAGAAACUGGAGUUCGUCAUAAAUUGGAAAUUCAAGACUGCGUCAAUUCCAUCAAAGAAUUUGUUCGAGGAGACACCGUUAAACUAUCUUACGACGAAAUAUGGGAUGUAGUGAUGAUAAUCAAGCACAUGUCGAAAGAAUUGGUGGAAAAUCAAAGUUUGGUGAAAAUGUCAAAAGAUUUGCUUGUUCCUGAUACCAAGGGAACUCUGGUGCCACUAAAUAAAAUCUGCUAUGAUGAUGCCGGCUCAGAUUUGGAUGACGAGAAGAAAGAGAAUUUUUGGAUCGCACACCCUCUGAUAUCGUUAGAAACGGCGCGGAAGAUUGGAAUGGAAAUGCUGACUGAAACAGAAAAUGCAAAAAUUUAUGGAGAAUUUUAUGAACAAAGCGUAUCUGUAACUGCUAGAAUCAAGGAUAUCAUCGCUAAUCAUCCGCCAAAUUCCAUUUUCGAGGAGUUUUUAUUUAAUGCCGACAGAGCGGGCUCGCGUCGAUUUAGUUUGUAUAUCGACGAAAGAGACUUUUCCAAACCUUUCGAUGCAUCCAAUUCCUUACUUCUAAGUGAAGAGAUGUAUAUUUGGCAAGGUCCUACCCUGUGGAUCCAUUACGAUGCAGAGUUUACCGAUAGCGAUUUCAGGUCAUUGCUUAAUCUUGGGGUUGAAGAAAUUGAUCGCUUCGGAAUUGAAAUCAAUUCGGUGUUCAAUUUCACCGAUCUCCCAAGUUUUGUUAGCGGCGAAUACAUUGCUUUUCUGGAUCCACAUGCCAAAUAUCUUCCAGCAUUAGGUUUUCCUCCAAGAAAACCUUUAGGGAGUCGAUUCAAUUUUAUCAAAUCUAAUUUCAGGCACCGAUGGUCCAAUCAAUCUCGUCCAUAUAUUUCUAUGGAGGGGUGUGAUCUAACAAAGAAAUAUGAAGGCACCCUAUUCAGGAUUCCACUAAGAAACCAAGAAGCCGCCAAUUCAAGCGAAAUAUCCAAUAGAUCAUUCAAACCCGAUGAUCUCUUGGAUCUUCUGAAAAAUAUCUGUGGAAAGAGAGAAAUUUUAUUUCUGAGAAACCUCGAAGAAUGCAAUCUAUACUAUAUGCGUCACACCGGAACAGAGUUGAUCUGGAGGACAAAAAUAAAGAAUGCUGAUGUGAAUGUGCGAAACAUACGUCAGUCAAUUAUUCACGAAACAAAAACAUUUCAACUUGAAAUGGAAAUAGAAAAGGAUGAUAAGAAAUGGGAUGAACAUUGGUUUCUAUGCACUGGAGGGGAUAAGAAAUGGGAUGAGCAUUGGUUUCUAUGCUCUGGAGGGGACAAGAAUGUUACGAAUUCCAAACUGAAAGCUUUUUCCAAUGCAAAAGGAGUAAGCUCUAUUGGCGGUGUUGCUGCACUGAUUACGUUGACAGACGAUGAAAAAGAGGCAAAUUGUUCAACAGACGUAAAGGAAGACACGUGUUCUCCCUUGUAUUUUUCAAUAAGCACCAACUGGAAUGUGGUGCUAGAUAGCAGAUCCUUUAUAUUUGAUAGCCAAGGAUGUGCUUUGAAAUCCGACAACAGUAUCGUGGAUGGUGAAAGUGAAGAGGCAAAGUGGAAUCGAUACAUCUUGUUAGAAGUUUUACCGCCAUUAUAUGCUAGGCUUCUUGAAGAGAUUGCGAUCGACGAUUUUCGACGAUUCGAGAACGUGCAUAAAACCGUAGGAGGAAUGUUCUUCACUCCUCACAUAUCAAGGUAUUGGCCGAUAAUUAUUGCACCGGAAUUUUCAAAAUCUGACAUUUGGAAAAGAUUUGAAUCAACUGUUCUUCAAGAAGUUGCUCAAUGCAACUACCGUAUAUUCUGGACGAAGGCAGAUGGGGGAAAAUUUGUUUCAUUUAAAGAAGCUGUUUUUGUGGAAUCGGGAAAAUCCUGGAUUCCCGAUAUCCUCGUGCGACAAAACGUUCAGAUUGUGAAGCUACCAACAGAACAAUACAAUAAUCUCCAGAAACUUUCAGAAACGCCCGUUAUAAAUCCAAAAAUAAUGACUCGAGAUUUAGUGUGCGAUGCGUUUCACAUAAAAACAUUUGAUAAAAAAUCAUGUGAAAUACUAAACGGAACGACUCUAGUUCCUCUGUGCGAUGGUAGCAUUGGAACUUUUGGUCAACAAGAAUACUACAUGAUAGAUGAAGGUCACCAAAAGUUAUUUAAAAAUACCAGUCAAUCUAUCUUUGUGUGCGAGUUACCUCAUUAUCUUAGCGAAAUCUUUCACAACAAAGAAUUCUCUAAUUCAUUGAAGAUUUAUGAACUUGAUGCACGUGUACUUCUUAAUAUAAUGAAGGAUGAGCCGAAUAUGGUAGAAGAAUUAUAUUGGCCCAAUUCCUCAGAGAAGCAAUGUCACUACGAGGAAUGGAUCACCCUGAUAUUGUCGAAACUUGCCGCAGGUUCUAAUUCUGAAAUACAAAAAUUUGUUCAGGGUGAUUAUCGUAUAUUUUGGACGAAAGCAAACGGAGGUGAAUUUGUCUCAUUCAAAGAUGCCGUUUUUGCCGAAUCGAGAAAACCAGCGAUCCCCGAUAUUCUUGUACGACAAAAUGUUCGGAUUGUUAUGCUGUCAACGGAGCAAUAUAAAUGUCUUUCAAAGUUGAAGGGUCACACCGUGCCUACAAAAUAUGUUACGCAACAAUUGGUGUGCGAUAAGCUCCGCAGUAAACCUGAUAUCUGGAAUUCUUGUAGCUAUCCAUACGAAAAGGCCACAAUAGAAGAAAGUCAAAGAAGUAUUAUUCAUUUGUUAAGUUUUCUGCUUGUGGGUCAAGGGUCUUGCAACUACGAAAUGUUGAAUGGGAUGACUUUGGUUCCUUUAUAUGAUGGUAGCGUCGGAACUUUUGGGCAACAGGAAUAUUACAUGGCAGACAAGAAAUACAAAGAACUGUUCAAAAAGACUAAACCAUCAUCACGUUUUGUUUCCGAACUACCGUACGAUCUUGAUAAAAUUUUUCAUGACGAAAAGUUUUCCAAAUUUUUGAGAAUUCGUAAACUCGAUGCGCGUGGAAUUCUUAAUCUCUUGGAGUAUGAGUUGCCCAAGGUGAAAGAAAUGCAUUGGAAUCCCCGGUGGACGCAUUAUCCAAAUCAAGAAUGGAUUAACCUGAUAUUGUCAGAAUUUACAGCAAAGUCUGAUUUUGAAUUUUCGGAGUUUUCCAAAUUUCCACUUCUCUCAGUCGAAAAUAAACUUGUCCAAUUUGAUUCUGGAAAUCCCUUAUUUUCGUUAGACAAUUCUGAUUUUUUAGUGGUGCCAGUGCUUAAAAAAUUAGGAGUCAGGUUUACCGAAGCUAGGUUAUCGACAAGUGCACAUCCGUUCCUUAAAGGAUGCAUACAUCAGUGGAGUGAAGUAGACGCAAUCAAGUCUAUCGAGCGAGCAAGAUUAUUCAUUAAACGUUCGGCAUUUGUGAAAAAUAUACAAAGUGUUUCUAGUGAGGUCCUUGCAAUUGUCCAAAACUUACCAAUUUGGCCGGUACGAUCCUCGGGACCGGUAAAGUGCAUCGCAGCUAAUGCAGGAGUUCUAUUUCCCAAAAGACUUCGUUCAUUCUACUACGUCGUGGAAAAUGCUUUCUUUAUCGAAUCUGAUGAAUAUGCCCAAACACUUUGCCAACUUUACGUUAACUCACCUAAUGAAUUAGAAUGCGUCACGCGUUAUCUAAUUCCUCACUUUAAAAAAGCUAAGCCUGAUGCUGCAUAUGUCAACUUCUUGAAGGCUAUCCUCUUGCUUAAAAACAAAAGGAUAGAGCUUUAUCUGUGUACGAAUGAACUUUUCCCAAACAGAUCUCUCACAAGAUAUGCAAAGGUCGACACAUUAUAUGACGCUAAUGUGUCCCUUUUCCACGACAUCUUUCGAGACAAAGAUGUGUUUUUACCACAAGGGUUACAGGAAAAUCAAGAAAUCUUAAAUAUAUUAGGAACAAUAGGGCUAAAUCGGGUAGUCAACUCUCAUACGUUUAUCGAAUGUGCGCGCGAAAUUGAGUACAAGGCAGAACAAAAAAGUACACCCAUGUCAAUCAUCAGUUUAUUGGCAAAAAAUUUGUUGAAGGAUCAUUUAUUCAUGCGUUCUAUCCCAUUGGUAUUUACACCGAAGGAAUGGAAAGAAAUUUUGACCAUCAAUUUUGUUCCUGUUGACACAAGCCUCCCCGCGCAUUACAAGAAAUUUGUAAACGAAAAUUCAUGCGAAAUUAGAUCGUUGGAUUCUAUUUGUCUUUAUAAACAUAAAGAAUUAAUAUGGUCUCAGGUUCCGUUUCUUGAGGUGUUUCUUGAACCGUCCGACAAAAUUCUAAGAAAUUAUCCCGGACUGUGUGCGCCCCGAACAGAGAAUGUCAUCGAUCAUUGGUAUAAAUUUGCAUUAGAAAUAGUACAGACAGAUGACCCUUGGUGGAAAUCACUCGACGGGAUAACUCAAAUUAAAAAUACGAUACUGCAAAUAUAUGAAUAUUUGAACAGAAGUGUAGAAAGAGGUCAGAAUGUGAUUUACAUUAAAUCGAGAAUACUUACUAAUGCAAAGUUAUUCUUAAAUGGUGACGAUCCAUUCGAAUCAGAAAAUUGGAUGGCGGGAUGUAGUUUGAUUUAUGGUGCUUCGGACGAUAUGCAACACUUGCAAAAGGUCUCUCCAUCUUUACAAAAAUAUAAAGCUUUGUUAAAAUUGGCAGGGGCGAAAGAAAUGAAAAGUGUCGAAAUGGGAAUACGUGUACGAGUUCAUAGUCAGAAGGACUAUCUAGUAGAUAAAAUGAUCAAGCUUUUCGAAGGUCAAGACGAGACUCGGCACCACGAUGUGAUCUUUAAAGUUAAAGGUGAAAGAAUUCUUGCAAAUCGAUAUGCUCUUUCGGCUUCCUCGGAAUAUUUCGGAAUUGCUUUCUGCGGUAGCAUGGCCGAAUCGACCGAACUGAAAAGGGUAGAAGUAUUAAUUGAAGAUAUUGAACCUGAUCCUUUCCGAGUUCUCGUUCGUUGGCUGUAUGGGCAGACAUUUGAAGAUGCAUCAGCCGCGGUCUUUCAUAAACGCAACAGUUCACCUGAUUAUAGGGAAUAUUAUCUGGAAUCGCUGAUCAAUCUGCUUCAAGUCACGGAUAAAUAUAAACUUGAUCCAUUAAGAGACCUUAUAGAAAUGGCGAUAGCAAAAGUAUGCAAUAUAGAAAAUGUGUUUGAAAUCAGGGAGUGGUCGAAAAUGUGCAAUGCAUCGCAAUUGGAAAAUUACUGCGACAGAUAUAUUAACGCAAAUCUUGAAGAAAAUAAGGAAUUGAUGAUACAGGAUAUAGUCAAGAAAAUUGAACACGUUGAGGAUGAAGAAGAGAGGAAACUGUAUUCAGAAAUAUUAGAACCACUAUUUUAUCAUUGA